AUGGCGAUGCGGAGUCAGGCAAUUAGUAGAUACCAAAACCUGUGAAUCGUAUGAAAAAACUUAAAGUUAGGAAUGGCACAAUAUAGAGUUCAAAAUAUGUCUAUCCUUUGAGGCAUGAUAUCAAUUAUAAUAUAGGCUCAAACAAAAUUAGAAACGUGACGAUACAUGCUUCAGCAUAAAUAUAUCUCUUGUCCGUGGAAGUUGAUCAAUAUUUUGCUUGUUUUUCCAGUUGCGCUGGCAGCAGCGUUUGUUAUUAAGAGAACUGACGUGGUUGCAAUAGCCAGUUUGCUUUCCGUAGAUGCUGACUGAGUACGUGCCUAAACUUGAUGAUGAAGUGCCUUGUGGUGUUUCUGUAUUUCGGAGCUUUCCUCCCGUGUUUUUAUCUGGAAUGCAAAGGUGAGUACACGCGAUCUUGAUCUGAAUUUUCUAAUCUGAGUGCGGUGAAAAAUUCUGAACAUUUUGUUUCAACUAUGACUGAGCGUUUCCUCAAACUUCAUCAAGGGUGACGCUAGGAUUUUUUCUGUGAUACCUGAUUUUAAAUCAUUUCAUCAACAAACAAAAAAAAGAAAAACAGAAAACAGAGGGAAAGUUUCCUUUUCUUUUUGACAAUAUUUUCUCUACAUACUCAUCGUGGUGGCAGUUUUCUUACACAAACAGUUCAAAACGUGAAUAGUGCAGAUCGACAUGUAUAAACUUGCUAAAUGACGUGCAUUUGGCUGUUUGGAAUUUUUUAAGUACAGUGUAUGAACAGAUUCAUUUUCCGUAUUAUUUUUUCUUUAAUACACCCGUAAUUGUCUGUCACUGAAUGCAGAUAGCAUUGACUCUGCAAGGCUGUGCUGCUAUAGUAUUAUUUGGUGGCUCCUUGUUGCCUACUUUUUGGGGUGACAAAAAAUUAUUGAUCAAUAUUUAACAGUUAAUAAAUGAGGCUGAGUAUCUUAUGAAGAAUUAUGGAGAUCGGCCGAGGUGGAUAACACCCUCCGAGAUUCAUUCAAAAUAAUUCCUAGUUUAAUCCAUUGAUGCAUCGAUGUUCAGUUCAUCUUCGAUAGUGUACGUUUAGGUUUGUCCAGCUCCACAAAUAUUCUCCAAAUAGCAGAUGUUAAACUCCGAGUUGUCUUCUUGCUGUUUUUGCUAUGGUUUUAACUAUUACUUCGCCUAGUUCCAGAUGUAGUUCUUACUCUUGAAAUGAGUGAAUCGUCGGCCAUUUUUGUUUUCACAACCAAAACAACUUAACCUCGUCCCAAGGUGUUAUUGGUUAACGGUUCAUUAACCUGUAGAAGGCUGCAUUUUUGAUGUCAUUUCCUCAUUAAACACAAAAUUCGUCCAAAUUUGGUCAUCAGUAACUGGGUAUGGGGAAUUAAACUUGUGCUCUUAGCCAAUCAGAAUCGGGGAAAUAUUUUUGAAUAAUUUUUUUUACACAUAUUUCUUCAGUACUUGACUCUCUAGAUACUCCUCAGACCUGUUCUGUACUUAUUUUUCCUAGAGUACUUUUUAACAGCCUUGUAAAUCAUUAGUUGUUAUUAACUGCACAACUUUGCUUAUUCAAUUAUUUAUCAGCAUUUAAGUAUGAUGGAUUCUCACAACAUGUUCAGUACUCUGGGAGAAAAUCAGAAAACAUAUUGUUUAUUGACAAGUUUCAUCAUCACCGGUUUAAAAGAAAUGCAGAUUCAAAUGUACCAAGUUGCAAAGUGACUAACUGCACAUAUGUUAAGGUAAGAUUUGUAAACAUGCAGUAAUCCAUAAUUCAAUUUUUUGAAAUGGGUCAAGUAUCAGUUAAUGAAAAAUGCAGAGAUAUUGACUUUUAUUCAAGUCACUCUUACUGUCAGUGAUAUUAGCCUAACAAAAUUACUGUCUGCAUGUACUGCCUCCUAUAUUCUUAUAAGUGUUUUUUGUAUUUUCAAACCCUCACUAAUUUUAUUCAUUAUGUAGAGACCUUAAAAAUGUAUGUAUUAAACCUGGCUUAUAAAAAAAAUUAAUAGAAGUAUUAACUUGAUAAAACAUAGGUAAUUUAAAACCUGGUGGAAGUUCAGCCUUUAAAUACAAACACAGGGACAAUGUAUGUGCUGCCUACAGAGCUAUGAUUUUGGGACUCCUCAAUACAGUAUGUUGAAGACAGAGUAUUAUGCACAUCUCACCAUAUCAGCAACCCGGGGGGGUACUCCCUUACAUUACCUAUACGGGUAUGUGCCGCCCAAAGGGGUCGUGAUUUUGAAGCUCCUGGUUUAGAACGGGGUAUCCAUUUCAGACGCGGUUUCUAGAACGGGGUAUGAUAUUUCGAACGCACGAAAGCUCUCCACUUUUGUAAGUAGCCAUUUGAAAGCAAAAGGACAGAUUGCUUUUAAAAUACGGUUCAGUGCGUUAAGAAGCAAACCGUUGUACUCUUGUUACACCCUAGAACGGAGUAUAAAAAAUUGGCCCAUUUCUAGAACGGGCUGUUAGUUUUAGGGCGAAUUCUAGAACAGGGUAUAAAAAAUUGGCCUAUUUUCUAGAACGGGGUAUCAAUUUUAGGGGAAAUUUUUUCUAGAACGGGGUGCCAAUUUGGAGUCCCGGGCGGAACAUACCCACCCAAAAAAAAUAACCAAGUGCCCCCCCGGGAUCAGCAAUGAUUGAUAAUAUCUAUGUAGAACUACAAUUAUGUAUAAAGAUAUAUAUAGAAUGCAGAUACUCAUCAAAUCUUGACUUUCUCCAUUUAAUUUUAGGUAAAUCAUAAGUAUUAUGUGUCGCAUACAUACAUCAGUGGCCAAAAAUUUUGGCGGAAUAUAGAGGAAAAUCCUAAAAGCAAAGUCCACCCUGUUCUUUCACAGACCUUCUUAAAAAAGUCGGUAAGUAUUUGAAAUGACUUUUAUGACAUAAAUUUUGUAAGAUGAGAGCAAAAGCAGCAUGAAGCUGCAGUUACAUGCAGUAGAUGGCUUGCUGACAACCCAAUUCCUUCAUCUGGAACCCAUUCCUCAUUCAAUACCAGAAUAAGUCUUUUUUCUUCCUUGAUUACAAAAUGUACAUGCACUAGUUGAAUGUGAAAUUGUUCUUUUCACAGACACUUAAGCUCAGCUUUAUCUUUCCAUACUAUGGUCACUACCUUGAUAGUGUGGUGCUGACAACUGGAGGUGAGUUGAUUCAAAUUAUACAUGAAUAAUUGUUUUAUUGUUUUAUUAUCAUUUUGCCAAAAAACACAAAAUAUACAUAUUAAAUUAAAAAAAAAAAAGAUGAGGCAACGGAGCCCAAGGAAGCCAAUAAGGCUUGUGUAUAGGACCACCUUUUAAAAUUGUCAUCUAAUUAAUAAUUACAAUACUGACAUCGGCAAUUUAGCUCUAAGUACACACAAUUUGUUUGGAAAAUAGAAAAUAAUCAUUAAAUAGGAUAAAAAUAGAAAAGGCUGAAUGACUGUAAGUGCAAAAAUGAGAAAAGAAAUACUGCAAGAAAAAAUGAGAAAAAAAGCGAAAGAAGCGAAAAACUACACACAAGCAUUAGGAGAACAAAAGUAUGCUUACACCAAGAAAAAAUGACUUAAGUUUAGAAUUAAACAAAGCAGUACUAGAGGCAUUCUGAAUUCCAGGACUAAGGGAAUUAAAUAUUUUGGGCCCUUGAAAACAAAGUGAACAUUUCCUUACAUUUGUCCUCCAGUCGGGUAAACGAUUAGAUUAGAUUAGAUUAGAUUAGAUUAGAUUAGAUUAGAUUAGAUCAGGGCAAACAAUGAGAUUAAUGAUUGAAGUUCUUGCACGUAAAUUACACUUGACACUUGACUGUGAAUGUUCUUACUUGAAGGUUUCCUGUACAUGGAUUUUUAUAACACAUCUCUUCUGACAGACGUGCAAUACUUAGCUCCUCUCAUGGCUUACUUCAGUCCAGAUCAUCAUCCAGAUUCUAAAGUCAUCACCCUUGACGAUGGUAUCAAAUAUUUAUGUUGUGAUAAAUGUAUACUGGUACUUACUUUAGCUUUAAUCUUGUACCUGAUUGAGUACAUACUUUGGUACUUCUAUACUCGUAUCUCAAGCACUUUUAUUGAGUGCUAGUAAAAAGCAUCAGCUACUUUGCUCAGAGAAGUUGAGUUCUUUUUAAUAAAUAGAAGGUAACUGAGAAAUUCUUUCAAACAUUACUUAUAUUAGUUGCAGUUGGUUGCCAAGAUUACUCUAUACAAACCAGCUGCUUGGUGGAGAAUAUUAUUAAUAGAAUGUACCUGAGGUUGGAAAAAUGAUGUCUCUAACUGUAAUUGGAUCCCCAGUGUUAAUAAUUUCAGCAUAAACAAGUUAGCUACAUAAGUUAUGUUUUUUUAAACAUCUGUAUGUACUUUUUAUUUGCUCAAAAUUCCCAACAAAAUUCCUUCUUUUGUUGUUUUAGGUUUACAGCUGACAGUACAGUGGUCAAAAGUUUAUCUUCGUAACAGAACUCAUGGUAGUAUUAAGCAUGAAACAUUACCUAGUAAUUUUUUGAUAAUAAUUAUCAUACAGUGCUUUCAGUUAGGAAUUCAGACAUUUCCCAUAAGUGAUCUGAUUAAUCUUAGUGUGCAUACGGGUGAGAUAUUCUCAUUAUACCAUGAGAUAAAUUUUGAUAAUUUGAUUAAAUGACACUAAGAAGCCUCUAUAUGCCGGGUAUUUAUUUCAGUGAUAAUGAUCACUCUUCAGGGGCGGAUCCAGGAUUUUUUUUAGGAGGGGGUGCACUCUUCUCCACAUAAUUUUUUUUUUGCAGAAUACCAGUUGUAGAAAACCGCAGGUCAUCUCGGGGGGCACACCCCUGCACCCUGCCCCAAGAUCCGCUUCUGCUCUUGAUGUAAAGAUCUUAGGGUUUAAAACAACAAUCAAGAAGUGAUUGCAUAAUGCUAUUCUUUGGUCAAGGUUCAGUGGCAUAGCCAAGGGAGGGACACUUCCAGGGGUUCCAGAACCCCCCUUGGGUUACAGCAUGGGCUAUAAUUUCAAGAGGAACAAGAUUUUAGCUGUUAAAGAAAAUGAGAAAAAAAUCAAUUGAAAAAAGCAUCAAAUUCUAUUUCGAGGGUUACAUAUGAAUACUCUGAGGAUGAUCAUACAUUGUACGAGGCCCCAGUGUGUAUACAAGCCUGCAAAGUGGGAUUCAGCACCUUGUUGGUCUCGGUCGUUUGCGUGAUCGAUGUAUGUUGUAAUGGUUUGACUAUGAGAGGGUUUAAUACAAACUCGUGUAGAGGCAUAAAGUGAGAAGGUAGAAUGAAAUCAGCAUUGAUGUUUGCAAAUCAGUCUGAGGAAAUUGUCUGAAACUGGCACACUUAACACGAACACCACGCCGAACUGCCUAAAACAUACAGUAUUCAAUUAUGAGUUCAUCGCAAGAUGCAGUGCCUUUUUCUUACAUAAAAGCUACUCAGUAUCAGGCUCUGAAAGCGAGACCGAAAUGUCUGUUAGACUACCAUCACCCCUAAUUUUCAUGUGGCAGCUUUUCUGUCGGCAGCACAAGUGGCUCAACGCAGAAAAAAACCUUUCUAGUAGUGCAGUUGAAAGCUUGGCCAUGAAUUCUUUUCAAGCUGCAUAUUUCAAGUACGUUACAAAUUAGAUCAGCAGAACUUGAGCGAUGGCUCUGCACAUUGCGCAGACUUAAAAAGUAGUUGGCAGCAACCAUGACUAAAGAGCAAGAGUCUCCUGCUCUUGCUCUGAUGAACAUUGGAUAAUGCAAAUUGGCCCAAGUCCACCAAUUGACACCUUUGCACGGAUCGAAGCAUCCAUGAUGUCUCGUUCUUGCUAAUAUCCUUACUGAGUAAAUGGCAAAUCACAAGACUACAGUGUGUGUUUUAAUGUAUUCAGUGAUUAUCAACAUAUAUGUUGUAGUUUAUUUUUUAUUUCAGGUAAUUUUUAUUUUUCUCUUCCUUCAAAAAAGUGUGAUGUGUAUCCAGAUUUUUUGUUCUAUUUAUUAAAUCUGUUUAAUUUUUUUUUGUAUUUACUAACUCUUGUCAUCAUUGUUGUGGGUUCACUGGCUCGUAUCAGUGUUGCCAUGGAAAACAAUUCUUGAUAUGCAAGUAAAAAGUUUAUUGAAAAAUUAACUGACAAAUGAAAAACACCUGAAGAAAGUGAUGUCUGCAGCCUGUACCCAUAUAGGGACUCACUCACUCUAGUCCGUGUCAUGUUGGGGUGGAAGGGGGGGAGUGUAAAAAUUGGCAAGUAAUUAUGUACGUUGUACACUUCCACUGGGGAAUAAGACUGAAGAAAAGUCUGUGAAAGUGAAUAUUUUACUGCACCCUCAAGGUUUUACAGAUACACCAAUGCAACAAGAAAAUAAUUAACACAAAUUCAUGCAAUCAAGCUUUUUAUUUAUAUCUCAGCAGUGUCUCAACAGCAUAGAGCUUGGUCCAUAAAGGAAAUAAAUUUUACUACAGAAGCACAAAUUUCCUGUAGAUAAUUAUAUUUAUCGUUUCUUUCUUCUUUUUCUACUCUUUAAAGAUGGACACUUCACAUUUCAGUGCACUUUACAUAAGAAUGGUACAAUAUGGUUCGCAUACAAAGAGGUAAAUUAUGACUCAUCCUCCAUAGCAGUUGUCUUAGUAAAUUAGGGAAAAUUACUGUUUCCUUGCAUCAUUCUGAAGCUUAUGGAUGUCCAAAUUAAACCUGAGUUUUGUUUUUAGCGAUUAUAGAAAGGGAAAAAUAGAAAAGUAAACCUUAAAAAUAGCUGAAUGCCUAGCUCCUAUAGACAUUAGGACUUUAACUGAACCCCAGUGAGGUGAAAACAUGAAUUAAGCACCCAAUUUAAAAGAUUAUUCUUAAUCUGCUAAUAAUGAGAUGAAAAUAUUCAAUUUAUUUUCAAAAUUUCUCACAUCGUUUGAAAUAUUGACCUGUGGGAGUGUGUUAAUGACUCAUAAUGCACAAAUUUCAUGCAUACUUACAUGUAACAUAAGACUAUAAUUUUAUCUUUUCUUUCACAUAUGGACCUUCCUACUAUAAAAGACUAUUUGAAGUUUCUCAGAUUUUUUAAUGCCGUUAUUUGGCCAUAAGGCAUAUGCAUUCUUUUGACAUUUGCUGUAGCUGUUGUUGUCAUUCUCUAGAAACUGAAUACAAGCCAAUUCUGCUUAACUGUUAAAGUUAACUACAGUCAACUCCCUGUUACUCAAACCCUCUAUAACUUGAACCUCCCACUAACUCGAAGCAAUUUUCAUUUCCAUUCAGAUAGUUUUCUGUAUAAUUUUACCCUCAAUACUAUUUCCCUUGAAGGUUCCAAUUAUCGGGAGCUGACUGUAUGUUUUAUGACUGUAAUGACUGAUUCACAUUAUUGUGGGUCCAUAAUUGUCAUGGUACAUUUACUUAUCGCGCAUAUUAAGUAUUUCUAUUCAUAAUAUCACGGUGGUUAGCUCGAAAGCUAGGUUCCUCUGACCACCAUACACUUCUAUCAAAGCCGUUAAUGUUUUCUUUUUUUUUCCCUCUUAUUUGUUACUUUAUUCCUUGUCGUUACUAUUAUACAGUGUAAAUGUUGUAGACAAGUAACUAAACCGAAGUGAAUUAAAAACCAUUGCAGUUUGACUAUUAUUAAAUCAGCAAAUAAACACACCUAUAUAACUGGAAACAGAUUGUGAAAGUCAAAUAGUUACGUCAACAAAUAAUUGAGGAGUGGUGAAAAUUGAUCAAUGUUUUGUUAUAGCUAAUGUAUCGGUCAAAUCGAAGCUUCAACAUCCCCCAGGUAGGGGGGAAUUUGAACAAUAAUUUUCCAAAAAGUCAAAUGCCCGGGGGUUUGCCCGGGGGGGAUGUUGAAGCUUCGAUUUGACCGAUACAUAACCAUGGUGACUAUGUUGCAGAUCCCAGUUGAUGUGUCAACCAUUCCUGAUGUACGAUACCACCCUGUGAGAGUAGGCAUAUCUGAUGCAUUUGUAAGAUAUUACCGACAUUUAGGGAGGCCUGGAGUCAUCUACCGAGUCUUUCAUAUAUACAGUCAAGUGAAUAUUACCAAGAACAGUGUUGUCAGUGGAUCAGCAGUGGUGUUCCACCCUCAAACAAGUUUGUUCUUUUUAAAAGUUUUAUUACUGUAAUCUAAUAAUUUUUAGCUGUUAAUAACCGAGCGUGAGGUCUUUUUGGGAGAAUCUUGACGGAGGUUACCAGUACAGACCGAACACAGUGAGGUCUGUACCAGCGACCGAGGUGAAGAUUCUUCCAUACAGACCGACCUAGCUUGGUUAAGAAGAUGUUUAUUAUAUGGCCAAACAAGAAAGCAAAGGAACAAAAACAUGAAUAAUUUUAUUUGCUUCCCUGCGCGGGCUCAAGCAUUUAGCUGGCUUUCUUCUGUCACUGGUCUCCAGUUCAAGCGGAACAAAAAUAACUGUUCAAAGUCCAGCUUUGUACAAAAUUUGUACAAACAAGACAAUCUUUUCACAUUCUUUGUUCGUAACUUUUUGAGGAGAAUUGUUACAACAAGAUCAGUUUAGAUGCCGGUCUGGAUGGGAAAAACUAGACCGCGGUCAAGAUCGAUUUUAGCCAAUCAAAUUCUUGAGUUUGUUUGUUUCCAGUCCUUUUGAGACGUGCCCAUAUAAUAAGUGAUACAGUGCAGUCCUAAUUUGUUUAUGCAAGAAGUAAAAUAUAAUUUGUAAGCCAUUUCCUGACCAAUAUAAAGAUUAUAUCUAAAGCUUUCUUUGCAACCCAGUCUUGUGAGCUUUAAUUUUGAGAACAAAAUUUGGUUUUCAGACUGUGUGAGUAACCUGCAGCUUAAACUUGGGUUCCAUGCUGUGUGGGUAAACUGUGACGUAAUUGUUUUCAUUAUACUGUAUUUUCGUUUCAGGCUGUGUUAAUGCCACCUCAUGUACAGAGUGUAUGAAGCGGAAGCAAACAACAGAAUUUGACUGUCAGUGGUGCCCGCAGACUAAAAGGUAGAAAUUGUCUUUGGAAAGCUAAAAUUUUUAAUUCAGAGCCGACUAAAAAGAUGUUUCACCUGAAGAGAAUACAGUCCCAGAGAUUGACAGUGCAGACCAUUUUUGUUUUUAUCGUGCAUGGAUGUGUCACAUCUCAAACCUAUGGAAGAGUAAAGAAAUGGAUAGCAAGUAUUCACUAGCAGCAGCAGGCAUGUGCUGCAAGAGCAUGACUGUCACGUGAACUUGGGUCAUGGCCAUGUAUCCCUUGGAAAACUCCUUUUUGGCGGGAAACUGGCCCGGUUCAUAGGCUGUAUUUCACAUGAGCCGAAUCAAUUCAGACGCCGAUCAACAACGAUCUUUAUUUUCAACGAACAACGGGGAAAAAGUGCAUUUUCGUAAACUACAUUAGAAGAAUUUAUGUUUGGCUCAUGUGAAUUUCGGCGAAUGAAUCAACGCCGGCGGUCCACAGCUCUUUUAGUUGAAUCCUAUUUGGCUGAUCAUAUGAUGCACGUCGUCUGAACCAGGACUAAAAUCACGUGGUCCAUAGUACCAUUCACUAUUUCCUUUUGAUAUAACAAACAUGAGCUAAGACUUCUAAACAGUCUGUCAGUCAAACUAAUUUCUAUUGGUGGUUUAAGUUGACAUUGUUAAUUACAAUGGUCACUGUUAGGCUUUAAUAACCCUAAGUCCAGUGUAGAUGCAGGCCACGUUCUUACAAUAAUCUUGCAAUAUUUUGAAGGUGCUCUGAUAAAACAGAUCGUAAUCGUGCAGAAUGGGACUUCAAUAGGUGCAGUCAAAAUGCCGUCAAGCAGGUAUAAAUACUAGUUAAACCUUGUUACACUGCCACCAAAAUGCCGACAAACAGAUUGAGAUAUUACGACUGUUACGAGUUAAACCAUGUUAAACUGCGACCUAAAUGCUGUCAAACAGUUUUUCCUGCUACCGUCAUUUAGCUCCGUUUUCCUUGUGACAAGUUUUAUACCUUCCUCUAGAAGCUUAGCCUGUAAUAGGCGGACAUCUACACAGCCUCCCUUGUAUAUUUUUGUAUUUUGUUUGUCCAUUCUGUUUUGUGCGUUUGUAUGUCGUCUUAAUAGAGGUGUUUUCUUUAAAUUACAUGUACACGUUGGUUUUUGGUUUAUCGGAGGGACUUGUACAAAGACGUUUGCCCUUAAAUACAGAGUGAGCCGGCACUGAAGACAGGUUUCACUAUACGUAGCGGGCUUGAAGGCCACAUGGCAAACAGCCUGUACAUACUUACGGGACUCGAAAAACUUCCGACCGUUAGUCCGGGAAGAGUAGAUUUUCGUGCUGGGCGGGUAACUUUUAAAGCUCCUCACCUUCCCAGUGGGCAAAAAUCCAGGCAGGCUAGUAGUCUACUAUGUUGGAAAUUAAGCCCCGUUGGUGGAUAGGUAAGGAUAGUUUAGGGAUAGGUAAAUCAUUGAUAUGCAUAAGUACCUAGUCUAUGACGUCACCUCGGAAAGAAGUGCCUUCCUCCAUACUAAUUAAGUUCCUAGUCACUGCCUUCCCGCAUACUAAUUUGGAUUUUCUGCAUACUGAUUAAGUGCCUUCCUCCAUAUAUGAUGAAGUGGAUAGGUUUACUAAUGAGCGUCACUCUACUACAAUAGGAACAAUAGGCUUGCCUAGACUUGCCCGGUAAGUAACUUGAUUAAAAGGAAAAUAGGAGCGAUCACCUAGCAACGCUAGAAACUGCUUCCUAUAUCUUAUUUAGCUCUAAAACUCGGAUAUAUCAACAAAACAUACACAAAGGGGAGCUGAAAACGCUUUAUUUGAAGUUUGUCUGACAAUACGGGGCUUAAUUUCCAACAUAGUAGACUACUCAGGUUAUCCUUCCCCAACUAAAUCAUUCGCUAAAACAAUCAAGACUAACAGGCCCCGGGCAACUUAGCAAAAUGCCGCCGGGAGGGCUGGCUGCUUAAAGGACGUGCUGAAAGUCAAGUUUUUUUUUCCUUUCCUCGAGUAUAAUUACUGUUGUGUUCAUUUGUUUUUUGAUAUCAGCCGUCAGAUGAGAGAUGCGUGGCAGGUACGGAACAGGAAAAGCAACAGCAAAAAUCCAUGGGAGGUCUAGGAUCCAAAAAAUCCAAUGGAGGUCUAGGAGCUGGGGCCAUUGUUGGCAUCUGUAUUGUACUAUUGUUGAUCAUUGGUAUGGCAGCAUGGUGUGUGUAUGCUUACCGCAAUCCAACCACGAAAUCAGGACUCUUCCUUAUUGAUGUAAGUGCCUCACGGCUGUUUGGUAUCUGGUACGUAGUCAAUUUUGACCUGAACCACAGCUCUGGAUUGAGUCAGUUUUGUUUGUUCUCUUAUUUUAUCUUAGUGUGUAUUCAUUUGUUGUAAUCAUAAUCUUUCGUCUACUCUCUAAGAUAUACAUGCAGGUAUAAUUAUAUCUUGUGUUACAUAUUGCUCGUGAUAGUUACCAACAAUAGCAACUGAACAAUAAUGUGUUAUUUCAGGCUACUCGGCGUCCAAGGGAGCUGUUCCACCGCAGUGCUGAUGGAGCCAGUAAAGCAGCUCCUUCUGAUGUUAAGCCGCAGGUGCUGUGAGGGAGGGAGCGGGGACGGACAUACCUUCAGCCAAAAAUAACUUUGAUAAUACAACGAUUAGCAACCUAAUAACGUAGCUUUCGGAAAGUGUUUUUUGUUGUUGUUGUAGGUCUGUGCUCUUUAUUCUUCCCCUGAGCCUCGGUCUUUAUUUGUUUCAUUUAGUUCCGCUUUGUUUCUCAGGCCAGAUAAAUUAUUGUAAUCCUAGUUGCUAAGCAUGAAUUCAAAUGUUGUGUUGCGAGGGGUUCUCCUUUUCAUGACAUAAAACCUGGCAAACUAUCGCAGCUCUCCGUCGCAAAAAUAGGUCACUGAAGAAGAAAAUGAAGUUACCGUACUCCAAGCCGCAAUGUAUUACUUAGUUACCAUUUACAAUUUCGACUGCUACUGCAGCUUAUAGAGUGUUUUCACAUGACGUCAUGGCGGCCAUAUUGGCGUCCCAAAAGAAUGAAACGGCGGCCACAUUGGUGUCCCAAACCAAUACUCUUUUCGUAUGCAAACGCUUUCUUUUCCAAUAAACUUGCAUAGAUGCUGGCCACGUGAGUGAAAACUCUCUAUAGCAAUAUUAACAAACUAAGGUAAAGAAUGUUUGUCUUUUGUCUUGUGGGUGGCGGAUGUGGCUUCAUUUUCCUGAGCUGCUAGUAUUUGCUUUCCUUUUACUACUGUAGUAGUUGUAUCAGCCGAGGUUAAGUGUUAGAAUGGAUUUCAAUUCACUAUGAAGAUCAGUAACAUUAUUUUAAAGUGCCAAAAGGUAUGACGACAUUAACAAAGUUCAGCUUUAUCACAUGUGUUUUGCUGGAUGAUGACAGCAACAGCCAGUC